AUGACACAUGUGAAUGGGGAAAUAGAGUUCGAAUCUGAUUAUGAUGAGCAAGACACCCCUUUGGCAAACGAUGAUGAAGAUGACGAACAAGUACAUACUUAUGCAGUAGGUGAAGCACUUGUGGUUAAGAGAAGUUUGAAUGCACAACCGAUUCGAGAUGAGCAGCAGUGCAAGAACAUCAUUCAUACAAGAUGUCUUGUAAAUGAUAAGGUAUGUGUUGUGAUUAUUGAUAGUGGUAGUUGUACGAACGUUGCAAGUACUGUUAUGGUUGACAAGCUAGGUCUGAAAAUGACAAAGCAUCCCAAUCCAUACAAGCUACAGUGGUUGAAUGAUGUUGGAGAGUUAAGGGUCACUAAACAAGUUCUUGUACCAUUUUCCAUUGGAAAGUACAAGGAUGAAGUACUGUGUGACGUUGUGUCGAUGAAUGCCACUCAUUUUUUGUUAGGACGUUCGUGGCAGUUUGAUAAAAAGGCGAUGCAUGAUGGUUUCACGAAUAGAUAUUCUUUUAUGAAUGCAGGAAAGAAAAUCACCUUAGCUCCUUUGACACCAAGUCAAGUGCAAGAAGAUCAAGUUUGUUUGAAAAAGAACAGUGAAGAAGCAAAAGGGAAGAAAAAGAUAAAUGUUUAUGCAAGCAGAAAAAAAUCAGGAAAUGAAUUUGAAGAUGUGUUUCCGGAUGAGAAACCAAGUGGAUUGCCACCUAUUCGGGGCAUUGAACAUCAGAUUGAUUUUAUUUCGGGAGCCACUAUUCCAAACAGGCCAGCAUAUCGAAGUAAUCCCAAAGAAAAAAAAGAAAUUCAGAAGCAAAUCAAUGAGUUGAUGGAGAAGGGUUACAUUCGAGAGAGCUUAAGUCCGUGUGAUGUACCAGUACUGUUGGUACCAAAGAAGGAUGAAAUGUGGAGAAUGUGCAUCGAUUGUCGAGCUGUGAAUCAGAUUACUAUAAAGUAUCAACAUCCUAUUCCUCGCCUAGAUUAUAUGCUUGAUGAGUUAUGUGGUGCGAGUAUCUUCUCCAAGGUGGAUUUGAAGAGCGGGUAUCAUCAGAUUCGAAUGCGAGAAGGUGAUGAAUGGAAAACAGCCUUCAAGAUAAAAUUAGGGAAGACUCAAUGA